AGGAGGAGAAGGAGAAGCGAGGGGGGGCGGAAAGGCGUCCGCGUCUUCUCCGGCUGCGAGGGAGGAGGAAGCAGCGGCGUUCCCGGCCCUAGCACCGGCGCGGAGGGAGGACCCCGGACUGGCUCCAGCGUCUCAGCGGAGCGCAUCGCAUCGCAUCGCAACGCAGGAGCCCCCGGGCUGGGCUCGCCUUCGCCGGCACCAUGAUCGCCGCGCAGCUGCUCGCUUAUUACUUUACCGAAUUAAAGGAUGACCGGAUCAAGAAGAUCGACAAGUACCUUUAUUCCAUGCGGCUCUCAGAUGAAAUGCUUAAUGAGGUCACAAAUCGAUUUAAGAAAGCUAUGCAAAAUGGCCUCUCCAGAAAUUAUCAUGUAACUGCUUCCGUGAAGAUGUUGCCGACUUUCGUGAGAUCCAUUCCUGAUGGCUCAGAAAAAGGAGAUUUCAUUGCUCUGGAUCUUGGUGGCUCUUCCUUUCGAAUUCUACGAGUCCAAGUGUCUCAUGAGAAAAAUCAGACUGUUCAGAUGGAGUCAGAGGUUUAUGAAACACCCGAGGGGAUAAUGAACGGCAGUGGAAGCAUGCUUUUUGAUCAUGUUGCUGAAUGCCUGGGUGACUUCAUGGAGAAAAAGAAUAUCAAAGACAAGAAUUUACCUGUUGGAUUUACCUUUUCCUUCCCCUGCCGACAAACGAAAAUCGAUGAGGCUGUGUUGAUCACCUGGACCAAGCGCUUUAAAGCCAGUGGCGUGGAGGGAUCUGAUGUGGUCCAGUUGCUCAAAAAGGCAAUCAAGAAGCGAGGGGACUAUGACGCCAACAUAGUGGCUGUUGUGAAUGACACCGUGGGGACAAUGAUGACCUGUGGCUUCGACGACCAAGAGUGCGAAGUGGGCCUCAUUAUUGGUACCGGCACCAAUGCCUGCUACAUGGAAGAAAUGCGGCACAUCGACAUGGUGGAAGGGGACGAAGGGCGUAUGUGCAUCAACACUGAGUGGGGGGCCUUCGGAGACGAUGGCUGCAUCCAGGAGAUUCGCACAGAGUUUGACAAGGAGAUUGACCGGGGAUCCCUCAACCCUGGGAAGCAGCUGUUUGAGAAGAUGGUCAGCGGCAUGUACAUGGGGGAGCUCGUCAGACUGAUUAUCGUGAAGAUGGCCAAGGGGGGCCUCCUGUUUGAAGGGCGGAUCACGCCCGAGCUGCUCACCAAAGGGAAAUUUGAAACCAAGAAUGUGUCAGCCAUUGAGAAAACUAAAGAAGGCCUCCAAAGAGCCCAAGAAAUCCUGACCAACCUUGGCUUGGAGCCGUCCCCCGAAGACUGCAUCUCUGUCCAGCAUGUGUGUGCCAUUGUCUCACAUCGAUCGGCCAACCUAGUGGCUGCAAUGUUGGCCGGCAUCUUGCACCGCCUGAAAGAAAACAAGGGGGUGACUCGGCUACGGACCACCGUUGGUGUUGAUGGGACGCUUUACAAGUUUCACCCGCAGUAUUCCCGGCGAUUCCACAAGACCUUGCGGCGCUUGGUCCCCGACUGCGACGUGCGCUUCAUCCUCUCCGAGAGCGGGAGCGGGAAGGGGGCAGCCAUGGUGACUGCAGUGGCCUAUCGGCUGGCAGAGCAGCACAAGCAGAUUGAAGAGAUGUUGGCGCCCUUCAAGCUCAGCACCGAGCAGCUCACGCAGGUGAAGAAUAGGAUGCGAGUAGAGAUGGAUCUCGGGUUACAGAAGAAGACCAACGAGUCGGCCAAAGUGAAAAUGCUGCCGUCUUUCGUCUGCGGCACCCCCGACGGGACGGAGAACGGUGACUUCUUGGCUCUGGACCUUGGUGGCACGAACUUCCGGGUCCUGCUGGUGAAGAUCCGCAGUGGGAAAAAGAGGAGCGUUGAAAUGCACAACAAGAUCUACGCGAUCCCGGAGGAAGUGAUGCAGGGCACCGGGGAGGAGCUCUUUGACCACAUCGUCUCCUGUAUCUCUGACUUCCUGGAUUACAUGGGGAUCAAGGGGGCCCGGCUGCCCCUUGGAUUCACCUUCUCCUUUCCUUGCAGACAGACGAGUUUGGAUGGGGGCAUCUUGCUCACGUGGACGAAGGGAUUUAAUGCCUCCAACUGUGAAGGACAGGACGUGCCCACCUUGUUGCGAGAAGCCAUUAAAAGGAGAGAGGAAUUUGACCUGGAUGUUGUGGCUUUGGUCAAUGACACGGUGGGCACCAUGAUGACCUGUGCCUAUGAAGAACCAACUUGCGAAAUUGGCCUCAUUGUAGGGACCGGGAGCAAUGCCUGCUACAUGGAAGAGAUGAAGAAUAUUGAGAUGGUGGAGGGGGAUGAGGGACGCAUGUGCAUCAACAUGGAGUGGGGUGCUUUUGGGGACAACGGAUGCCUAGAAGACAUUAGGACGGAGUAUGACAGAAUUGUGGACGAUUAUUCUCUCAAUGCAAACAAACAAAGGUUUGAGAAGAUGAUUAGUGGCAUGUACCUGGGAGAAAUCGUCCGCAACCUUUUAAUCGAUUUCACUCGAAAGGGUUUCCUGUUCCGAGGUCAGAUCUCUGAGACCUUGAAAACCCGGGGAAUCUUUAAGACCAAGUUCCUAUCACAGAUUGAAAGCGAUAGGUUGGCCCUGCUCCAGGUCCGAACAAUUCUGCAGGAGCUGGGCUUGAACAGCACCUGCGAUGACAGCAUCCUCGUCAAGAUGGUCUGUGGGAUCGUGUCCAAGAGGGCUGCCCAGCUCUGCGGGGCCGGGAUGGCGGCUGUGGUGGAAAAGAUCAAGGAGAACCGGGGCCUAAAGACCCUGAACGUGACCGUGGGAGUUGACGGGACCCUCUACAAGCUUCAUCCUCACUUCUCCAGGAUCAUGCAUCAGACAGUGAGCGAGCUGGCCCCCAACUGUAACGUGAAAUUCCUCCUCUCAGAAGAUGGCAGUGGGAAGGGAGCGGCACUCAUCUCGGCCGUGGGGGUGAAGCUCCGGGAUGCCAAGGCCAAGGCCAGCUAAGAGCCCCGCCCUCAGCUCCCGCUGCGCCCUUGAAGGAGACCCUCCCCCCUUCAGUCUCUCUCACUCUCUCUCUCUCUCUCUGUGCACUCCUCCAUCUUCCUUCCUUGGGUUGCCUGAACUGAAUGCACACCAGACCCUACCGAUGUGUGGAGUCCUGUACACCUCAAGGCAUAAAGGACUUGGGUACAAAAUUGAGUGUGUGCUGUUGAUACUACCCCCCGGGAGCCCCAUCCUUCCCACCCUGCCCCCUUCUCCCUCACCCCCGUCACUGUUGUGCAUGUUUUCAUUUCCAUUGGGUUGUCCGGUUUCCACACGUGAGUUAGCGAAGUCAGCUCCUGAUUUAUCUAGUCAUCUAAGUUAUUUAUUGAUUUGACAUGAAAAGUUCCAGCCGCCCAAUAGACUCUACUCCUCCGCUGCCCUCUCUGCGAAAUGUAUUAUCACGGCAGAUUGUGUCUGGACACCCGCUGAUGCCCCGGAGUUACCCAGAAACCUCAGGGCUCCUUCCGUCCUGGUAGUGAAAGCCAGCUGUCUUGCUUCCGAAGGUCCCUGUGGGGAAAGGGUUGUGCUGGGCUGGGCUGUGAGGGUCCGGUGAUUACCUGCUGCAUGUGAUGGUCUAGCCCCGUGUGUGUGUGUGUGUGUGUGUGUGUGUCUGGGGGAGGGCCCAAUAGGGGCCUCACCCCAGCUCUUCUCCCCCACCCCCCAAGGAUCUCUCUCACCUCCCGUCUAUCAUCCUUGGACCGCCUCAUUGUUUUCAUGGGCCGUGUCUCAUGUGUCUCUAUAAAACUCUUUACCAUUCCAAUAGUCGGGGGCUGAUCAUGGGUGUGGGAGGGGGCCUACUUCUCAAAGUAUGCCCCAACCAAAAUGCCCUGUGGAUUCCUGUGGCCUUUUGGGGGUUCUGGUUGUUUUCUGGAGAUAUAUAUAUUGCCAUGUCCCUAAGCCCACGCAGAAAGGCUUGCCUGGGUGUGACUGUAUGUUGUCUGAUCUUCUGUGUCGUGCGUCAUGAGGGCCCCUCCCUCUCUGUGUUAUACUGUAUCUCAGCCCUCGUCCUGCCAACUCCCCUCGCUCUGUCUGUAGUCUCCAGCCAGAGUGUCCCCCUCAAUCCCUGAUAUGGGGUGACCAUCUGCUAGGGGUCGAGAUGGAGAGCCAUCCUUACCUCCCCUAGCUGGGGCCCAGGGGAAGCCACUUAAAAUCCUAGGAUGAUAGAUGUGAGGCUAGAAGAGACCUAGGAAGUGAAAGUGACUUGCUCAGAGUUAGAGGCAAGAUUUGAACCCAGAUCCUACGACACCAGAGCCGGUAUUCUUUACACUGGACCAUAUAGAAUCAGAGAUGGGAGGGCCUGGUUUGAAUUUCCUGAGGAGACAGGGAUACCUGCUCUUCUACCUGCCACGUCCAAACCAAGGCUCUUCUGUUCCUCUUUGGCCCAACCUGGAGACAUGAAGCUAAGUAGAUUCUCUCCUGCCCAGUUGUUCCCAUCCAGAGACUUAGGAUCCUUUGAACCCGGCGUGCACCCUGCCAGGGCCAGGUGAAGUUGGCAGGCUCUUCCUGUCCAUGAAUUACUCCCUCCUAUGGGAGGAAUUCACCUGGCCCCAACCCCCCUUUCUGCCCCCAAGAGAGUCUCAACCUAUGGCUUCCUUGUCCCUAGCCCCCAUCUUGAAUUCAUUCCCCUCCUCCUUCAUGAAUCCCGUGUCCAUCUGUGUCCCGAUGCACUGUGAUUGACUGAAUGUUGUGAGGUGCCCCAUUUGUCUGCUUUGCUGUUAGUGCAGCUUUCGGUGUGUCUACCUUUGGGGACUGCAUGCCCACUUGGUUAGGAGGGGAGGAAGUCCUUCCAUUUGUCACAGUGUCCGUGCCCGCGGCACAGUGAGAUUUGUGGAGAAAACAGACAAACAUCAUUAAAGUUUUUUGAUGU